UCAGGUGGUGUGAGUUAGCCAGCUGUAUAAUGAGGAAAAGGAAGUCUCCAGAAACCUGUUCUGGUGGCCCAGCAGUCACACAGAAUGCACUUUGAAGGAGCUGGGAAGCCUCUAAUUAAAUUCAGGCACUGCGAGAGGUCCAUCUACACUUUCAGUGUACCCCAAUGCUGCCCUCUUUGCCAGGGGGACUUGGGCUCUGCCAGGAUAGAGGACGCACCUAUCAGCAUCUCCGAUCCAUUCUCCAACGGUCAUCAAGAGAAAUGCUCCUUCCUCCUCAAACCCACAAGAGGGACAUUCCUUAGGGAGUACGACGGGAAGUCUGACCUGCACGUUGGGAUCACUAACACACGCGGGGUCGUGUAUAAUUACAGUGCACACGGCAUACAGCAAGACGAGGUAGGCUGGGAGCGGAGUCUCAGUGUUCCACUAGUACAGCCUAGCAUGUUUGGACUGCUGGACCAGUGGGACAAGUACUUGGAAGACUUCUCCACUUCACUGGCCUGGCUGCCUCAUAGGUAUGAAGAGAAUCACCACAACUGCUUGACCUUUGCCCUCUCCUUCAUCAACUGCAUCCUUGCCAUGGAAGGCAAAGAACAGCUGGACAAGAGCGUGUUCACAGAAAAGUACGUGAUCCCGAGGACACGCCUGGCUUCCAAGUACAUCACACUCUACAGGGCCAUCGAGGAGAGGGGCUUCCAUGUGACUGACCAUCCCAACACAGUGACAAGCCCCUCUUGAGCAGUUUGUACCAAAUGCUGCAUCUGAUGGUCGUUGAGACAGUACAUUUCGGGUUGCUGCCUUUAAAUGGUACUGCAGAUUUAUAACUACUGCAGAUUUAUAACUGUACUUAAUUGUGAGUAAUUUUUAAAAAAAGUAUAUGGUUUUCUACUAAGCUUAUUAUAUAAAAAUUAUAAGAUUAAUGAAAGUAAAUAGAAAUUUAUAAAAUGAAUAAAAUCACAGAGUAUAUAGCUCAGUGGGAGAACCAUCUGCCUAUCAUGUAAGAGACCCUAGGUCCAGUCCCCUGUACCACACCCCAAAUUUAAGAAAAAUAAAUAAAAUUGCCCUGAGUUUCAAAAAAAAUUCAUUCCAACUAAA